UCUCACAAGACAACGAUGCAGACAUCUUCCGCUACUUCCAUCUUUCUGUCUCUUUCUUCACUGCUUCUUCUCUUCUCCUCCAAUUCACGGGCUGAAUCACCCGACAUCACCCACGAACAUUUUCGCCGCUGUCUCAUCCGAAUCUCCCAAAACUCAGCUUUCUCCGACGAUGUUUACACGCCCGACAACCCCUCCUUCUUGCCCAUCCUACAAUUCUCCAUCCACAACCGCAGAUUCAACACCACCCACACCCCACGCCCGCGCAUCAUAGUCACGCCGCGCCAGGAGUCCGAGGUGCCGGCGGUCGUGUAUUGCGCCAAGGAACAUGGCGUCCAGGUCCGCGUCCGAGGCGGCGGCCAUGACUAUGAAGGGCUGUCCUACACUACGGAUUACGGGAACCCGUUCCUCGUACUGGAUCUCGCCAACCUGAGGAACAUCACGGUCGAUGCGGAGGCCAAAACGGCGUGGGUCGGCGCCGGAUCCACCAUUGGACAAGUGUAUUAUUCGGUUUCGGAGAAGAGUAAAACGCUGGGGUUUCCGGCGGGUGUUUGCCCCACCGUUGGAGUCGGAGGGCACUUUAGCGGCGGAGGGUACGGUGUUUUGCUCAGAAAAUAUGGUCUUUCCGCGGAUAACAUAAUCGAUGCCCGCUUGGUUGAUGCGAAUGGGAGGAUCCUGGAUAGGAAAACCAUGGGGAAAGAUCUGUUCUGGGCGAUUAGAGGGGGUGCAGGGAAUAGCUUUGCAGUGAUUCUUGCAUGGAAGAUACGUUUAGUUGAUGUACCAGAAACCGUCACGGUUUUCACCAUCAAAAAAAAUCUGGACGAUAUCGGCACAAGAUUGGUACACAAAUGGCAGUCUAUUGCUCCCAAAUUAAACAAAGAUUUGUUCAUCAGAGUCCUCAUAAAUAGAGUGAACUCCACCGCCGAAAAUCCAACCAUUCAAGCCGCCUUCAACUCCCUCUAUCUCGGCAGGGCUAACAAAUUGCUCCCAAUCCUCCAAAAAAGGUUCCCAGAGCUAGGGCUAACCAAGGAAGAUUGCAGGGAAAUGAGCUGGGUCGAAUCCUGUCUAUACUUUGCAGGAUUCCCAAUCGGAACACCCACAAACGUUUUACAACGCAGGGUUCAAUUAUCCAGGGUGCAGUAUUUCAAGGCAAAAUCUGACUACGUGAAAACCCCAAUCCCCAUGGAAGGACUAGAAGGGAUCUGGGAAUUUUUCUUCAAAGACGAAGGCGCAUCGGCCGAGCUGAUCUUGAACCCAUACGGGGGAAGAAUGAGGGAGAUUUCAGAGUCAUCAAUCCCAUUCCCUCACAGAGAUGGGAAUCUGUACAAAAUCCAGUAUUUGGCGUACUGGAAUACAGAUGACAGUAAGGCUUCUGUGACUGAGAGGCACAUAAGUUGGAUGAGAAAGCUGUAUGCUUACACAACUGCCUUUGUGUCCAAGCACCCAAGAGAAGCGUACGUGAAUUACAGGGAUCUUGACAUUGGGAUAAACAAUGAAGGCAACACAAGCUUUGCACAGGCCCGCAAGUGGGGGAUAAAGUAUUACAAGAAUAAUUUCGACAGGUUGGUUACUGUGAAGACCAAGGUUGAUCCCACCAACUUCUUCAGGAAUGAGCAAAGCAUUCCUCCACUUACACCCUCGUGACGCUGGGAAAAGAGACGCCAGGCUUCAUUCUUGCAAAAGAUGAAAACCGCAUGCAUGUUAUAAUAAGGCACCGUUGAAUAUCCAUGAUUUAAUUAAUUUACUCCUCUCCAUUAUAUUAUUUUGUUGCAUUAUUGUAUUUCAAGGACUUUUCCAUUACGUGUAUGUGAAGUCUUUUCCUCAUUUUUGUUCACACUAAAUGCUUACUAUACAUUGGAGUUUGUACGAUUAUGGUUCUGGUUGGUGCAAUACAGUGGUUUUAAUAUAACUCAUUGGUAUAUGAAUUGAAAUGUUAUCCAUUA